GAACUGUAGCCAAGAAUCCUUUCAAAUUGAUGUUCAAGUUGGUCUUCACAACCGACAACACCUGCGACUGCUCAAAAACUAGAGGAAGAUUGGAAAAGAUAGAGAAGUGAGUCAACAAAACUCCGAAGUUCACUGAGAACCAGAUGAAUGAGAUAGGGGAAUUCAAAUUUUGUGCACUCACAUUCAUAAACCUUUCUGCCAUGCUGAAAGUUCUUGCUGCCAGAAAUCUUCUCAUUCUUUUCCUCCGCCAGCAGUAAACCCAUCCUAUUCGCGCAGCAAUCCAUUGGCGAGCCCUGGACAGAUACUACCAAGGAAAUCGCCUAGCUAGCUAGAGCCGCUGAAGCAGAGUCUUCAUGUGAGAGGACAUCACGGAUCCGCUGAUAAUGAAUCUAUUCAAAUUGAUGGAUUCAUGAGGUUUUCUCUUCACAUGAAACUAGUGCUCAUCUGCUCUAGUCAGCCUUUUGAGCUCUGCACGUGCAAUUCAUUACUCAUGAAGAAAGUCCAUCCUAAUCGCGCAGCAAUACGUUCGUUCUCUUUUAGCCCUGAAACUUGAUGCGAUCACGAAAAUCACCUGUAACAGAGCUCAAAAGUCUGGCUAGAGCCUCUUAAGCAAAAGCUUCAGGUCAAGAAAUUUGGUGAUUCAAACCGAAUGAAAAUGAUCACGAAAGAGUGUGGUGGUGCUGUCGAAGGGGCCGAAAUUGCGAAGCAGUUGCAGCUUUUCAACAAUCUUGUGUGCGGUUGCAAGCAAGCUGUAAAAACUGCUGGUCUCGAGAGUAAGACUUUGCACAGAGUGAAAAAGUACCUGAAACUCCUGGGUCGGAAGGUGGACGAAAUCUUGGGGGACCAUGUGUAUUCGAGGAAUUUGGAACGUUAUGGGCCCACACAUGCUAGUGGAAGUAGAGAUUUGAGUGCAUCUUUGUUGCGGAUGGAUCGUGGCGGCAGGAGCUUUGGGACUUGCGGCAUCGACCAGCGGUUGAAGGAGGCGAGGCCUUCAGAAGAUCCAACUUGAGAGCUUUGAGAUUUAUUGAAGUGAUUCUAGGCUUCUUACACCAUCAUUGAGUAGAGAGGGAUCAUAGUGAAGUCAUUUGAGAGAUGGCUUCUUUUGAGGGCGAGAGUGCCAAACCAUUGAUAAAUUCCAUGGAGAAAGGUUCAACCUUUGGAAGUUCAAGAUUGAAAUGCUCUCAGCCUCCAUGGAUCUUUGGGACAUUAUCGAUGGAUCCUAGGAGGUUCCACUGAGCCUCAGCAAGGUAAGGUAAAAGGUAACCGGUUAACGCAAAGGCCUCUACCUUUACCCUACCUUUUACCAUACGCGUAGCACUAUGAUCUACCUUUAACUCUACCUCAAGGUAAUUACCAGGUUAUCUGGUAAGGAUUUAAAUUUUUUUAAAGUUACUCUUAUCGUUAACCUAUUACGAUUACCUUGUAAAUCUACCUUUACUAGUUUGGUAGUCGCAGCUUACUAGGGGAUGUGACAGGUUGGGUGUGGAGGAAAUGGCAGACUUUUUCGAUAGCAUGGCAUGAGCACUUGACUACGGGA